GGCUCCUUGACAACUUCCAGGGCUUCUUCUUGAAGACGCUAGUUGUACGAAUUCGAUGGCGUCUCGAACGGAAAAGGUCGCUGUGAUCACAGGAGGGAAUGCUGGGAUAGGUCUGACCCUUGCGGAGAGGUUGUUGACCCUUGACCCGACCUUGACCCUAUGCCUGGCCUGCAGGAACAUGAUGAAGGCAGAAGUGGCAAGACAGGCCCUGCUGACCUCUCACCCCGGUUCCCGCGUGGAGUGCGUCCGCCUCGACACCAGCGACGUCCAAUCGGUGUACACCGCGGCACAGAAAAUACGAGAGGAGUAUCACAGGGUGGACCAUCUCUACCUCAACGCAGGUACGAUGGGCAAGGUGUCUGUAGAUGCGAUGGCCAUCUUGAAAGCCAUGGUGUCGCCGCGGGCGCCAGAAAUCUUCCGCACGGGAGAGAAGCUCCUCUCGCAGCAGGACGACACCACGAAGGACGGGCUGCAGGAAAUCUUCGCCACCAACGUCUUCGGACAUUUUGUGUUGAUCCGGGAGCUGGAAGACGUCUUGUGCCAGCCUGACCACACGUCUCAGGUCAUCUGGACAUCCUCCCAGAAUGCAACCCGGAAGGCGUUUGACCUUGAGGACUUCCAGCACAGUAAGGGGCACGAAGGUUACAGCUCCUCCAAGUACGCGACGGACAUGCUCAGCGCCGCGCUCAACGAGGCGUACCGCGGGCGCGGGCUGUUCUCGCACACGGCGUGCCCCGGGCUCGUGGUGACGAACCUGACCAAGGGCAUCCUGCCGCCCUGGGUGUGGUGGCUCAUGCUGCCGCUGCUGUGGCUGAUGCGGGCGCUCGUGCCGAGCAUGACCGUCAGCCCGCACAACGGGACAGAGGUGCUGGUGUGGCUGUCCCGACAGGUGCCCUCCAGUCUGGACCCCCUGUGCAAGUAUACCAGCAGGUGUAAAGUGUGGGGGACUGCCUAUGUGGACAGGGAGAAACUGGACAUCGACCUGCCGACAGCCGAGCAGUUUUACCAGAAACUCCUGCAGUUAGAAAACCACUUCAGGGAGAAGUAUAGGGAGGUCAGGUCAAAGAUCAGGGGUCAGUGACAGAGCUUGGUCAGAGGUUUCUCAGGAGCCAUCUUUUGUUGAACUGUUUGGAAUGGAUGGAACUUUUCAUAAAAGUAUGAGGGAAAGUCAAAGGGAAAGGUCAGACCUUUAAAUGUUUUAGAAGGUCAAAGGUCCAGGGCAAAGGUAAAAAUGUUCGCAUUAUCUCAGGGGUUCGCAUUAUCUCCAUAAAUGUAAUCACUAUCAUAAGCGCCACCUACAUCGGCUACAUAUAGCGGUGAGAAGCAGAACUCCAGUUAGAAGCUCUGACGAAGGUGUCUGCAAUGGAAACGCCAUCGAAACGCCAUCAAAACGUAAGCAAUGUAAGUACCCACUGGUUGUGUAAUAAGAAUUCUCCUUCAUCCACUAUCAUGAUGGUUUUGUGUACCAUUAUAUUUCUUACUGACAUUUUGUGUUGCAAUUAGUAUUGGGCAUUGUCGAAAAAAAGCAAGAAUUUUUAAAUUAGUGGAAAGAAAAAAUAAGUUUUAACCAAAGUCAUAAUUUUAUGAACCUUAAAUUUGUUUAACUUAAAGAUAAAUGGAAUGAAUUUGUCAAAGCCAACAAUAAGUGAACAUUCCCAUAGGGUCAGUUCUAGUCACUUCACACAUUAAUUGUUAUUUUAAUACCUUUGCCAAGAAGAAGGUUAUAUUCUGGAUACUAAACAUUUGUGUGUGUAUAUUUGUGGCAUAAAUUGAGAAUGUCUAGAUGGUAUGUAGUUCGUUCGAUGAGACCUGGAAAUGAUUAGAUUCGGGUCCCCCUAGCGGCUUGGUAUGGUACUGCAGUAGAACUUUGAUAUCUAGAGUUCCAGACAUGUUGUGGUCAUGAUUUAUUAGGUCAAGAGUAAGUGGUGUUUGGGCCCACUAGCAACCUGUAGGAGACUGUUUAGUGUCAAAACUUUGUUGUGAUAUCUUCAAGCAAGCUUAUUAUUCAUUUUACUUGUCUGAUUACUAGGUUUUAAUUUUGUGUAAACGUCAUCAGAAUGAUCAGCUGAAAACUGUAUUCAUCACGUAUUGCAGUAGAAUGAUCUAUUUUCUUGACUCACGGGUCAGUGCUCUAGUUGACUAAAUGUAACUUCAUCAUGUUGAGCAUCGCUCGGCUGGCUUCAUAUGGCGGGGAUGACAGGGUCGUGAACAAAUUGUGUGCGCCGUUAUUUUAGCUCUGAUUAUCCAACUAUGAAGGCAAAGAAAUGGCAAGAGUGUACUUUUUUAAGGAAGUCUGAUAUAUCCUUCCUACAUGUAUCUGUAGUGGUACAAACAUGUAUCUUCUCACAUUUUGUAUUUUAUGAUUCAAAUUUGAUUUAAGAGCUUCCCGGGCCAUGUUCCAGAUAACUUUUCUUGUGAAAAGUUUUCAACUUGUGAAAAGUUUUCAAACGUUUUCUAUUGGGACGUACCAACUUAGACACAUAUUCUGACAUUGCAGUUAUUUACGACUUGGUUUAGUCCAUAACUAGUUGUACUUAUCAAUGAUAUCAGGUACGGACACUUAAUAUGCAUAUCUCUGCAAAAUAUUUUUAAAACCUUACCAGAGUUUGGACCCCUUAAGGGACUUUGGAUACCCCGUUAGCUUACAACUUAUACCUUCCAACAAGGUUUAAAAUUAGUUUCCUGAAGUUGCGAUGUUUGCUUGCUAAAGCAAAUACCCGGUAGAUUUCACCUCUAGGGUGUUAUUGCCUCCUUUGCACCUGGCCGUGAUUUGUUCAAAAUUGUGAAUCAGUGCUCUCUCCCAACAAUACACAAUAUUUUCUGGUGAUUUCUUAUUCUCUGGGCAAUACAUUUUAUUUUUGUGCCAAAAUAAAGCAACCCAAGACGUUUUCUUGUACUGAAUUUC